AGAAGCCGCCAAGAUGUCAGCGGAUUUGUGUUGGCAAAUUAUUCGCAACAAUCAUGCCUACCUUGUCAAGAGGAGGGACAUCAAGAAACCUUUCUCUUCUGAAGCUAACAACCUGAGGAAUGUAAACAGCCCACGCUACAAUGGUUUCUGCCGCAACAGGCUUAUCGGCAUUGAGCCAGCCUCUGAUGGAAAGGGCAUUGUGCUUGCUUUCAAGACCAGGAAGUACAAGAACCAGCCAGCCAAGAACAUAAUCAAGACCACCAUUAAGUCUGGUCCCCGCAGAGCCCUGAACUCCAUCCGGAGAUUCAUCCGCUUCAACCACUACAGGGGUGACCUGAAGAUGGCUGCUCUUCGUCGUGCUUCUGCUAUCUUAAGGUCACAGCGUGCCCAGCCAUUCAAGAAGGUCCGUCGUGUGAAAAGGCACAUCAUAAAGAAGACUGAGUAAACUUUACAUUUUGAAUAAAGGAAAGAGAAUAA